AUGGAGGGACAAGACGGUCGUGUCUUGAAUAUUCAGCUGAAGAAGCCCAUCAAAGCCAGACCCGGGUAUUUCUACAUAAGGGCACCCGAGCUGUCGCCUGCGAUGCAGAGUCAGCCCAUCCAUAUGCUAUGGUGGCAGCCAAAUGCACCUUCGAUACAGCAUUUUGCAGUGUUGACCAACCAGGUGAAACGGGCUCCUUCUCUCGGGCGCUUUCCCAUUCGAUUGGAUGGACCUUACCAGGAAGACCUGCAUUUAGGCAAAUAUGAGGCCGUGAUGUUUGUCGCUCAAGGGCCUGCUCUUUCUCGAGUUCUACCGCAUCUCCUUUAUCUGACCACCAGAAUAACGCGAGACAAAUUUGCCAAGGUGCAAAGCAAUCGGUGGUACCUGGAUGGCUUAUUCAGUGACAAAACGCGGAAGGUCGAUUUAUAUUGGAAAAUGGAUCAAAACGAUGACAUCUCCUCUGUUAGCGCAUAUUUCGACGAACUAAGCGACUGCGGAGCUGACAGCAAGGUGCAAGCUUGGAUAUUCUACCCUGAAGGUCUUCCAAGACAGACAAGACUUCCAAGGCCAAAAGGCAGGCAACACUGGUUUCCAUUUGACGGGGAUUUUCUACGACAAGUGUCUUCAGCGAUUGAAACGCAGUCAAAGAGAACACCAGGGCGAGCGAAAGUAGUCAUUUGUGGUUCCGAAGUGUUCAACUCGACUGUUCGAAGAGACAUUAGAAAUUACAUCCAGGCCGAUAACCUGAUUAGUCUCAGCGAGCUGGUCACUAUGUCUUGGGCGACAAACGAGAAGGGCAACAAGCAACAGCAAAAGCUCAGGAAGACAGAUGUCGGACAUGCAGGCCAUAGCGAAAAAUAG